UUGAUUCUUUUACAGUUUACUUCGCCCACGGGGGCAUCUGCUUCUCGAGAGACUCUUUCUUCAGUUGGGAAUCCACAUGAGCGUCCAAUUUUAGCAGACUCUACCGGGCCGGCCCUCUGCUCUUCUUUUGCAGAGCCUGGCAGCCGACCGGGUGCGUUUAGGCGAAUUUCCCGCGCUGUCGAACAUAGCCUGACCAGCGAGUUGGCCGUCGCCUCCACUGAAAUCACCGGCACCAGCACCAAUGCCGCCGACUACAUCUCCUUCAUCUCUUCUCCGGGAACACCGACAGCUACUUGUCCUCGGACUGUCUUUAAAUCUCCUCUUCCAACAAAGAGCAACGUGCAGUGUACCAGCUAUCCUGCUAGAGCAUCUUCGGUGGCUACGGUCUUCUGCACUUCAGGCAGCCUCCACUGCUGGGCGGACCUGCCCAGCCACAGUAGCUUCUUGCCUGGUUCAUCUUCCAGGCAGUCGUUUAAUCCUGUAGACCAAACUGAGUUGGCCAUUAUCCCGGAGACUCCCGAAACACCUACGACCCCGAAGGCGGAGCUGUCUCUUAGUGGGCCUCUCAGCACUGCCUUCUUGCCAGAAGCAAUUCCCACAAUCUGGCCAGUGGUAGCCACUUCAAUGGUCUCUAAAUGCGAAAUAGAAACUUGUAUGCUGAAGACUCAUAGUAUCCAGCCGUUCCAUUUUCGAUCAGAUGAAUCUAAUUUAAGCGAAGCGCACCUGUCUAGGAAUGUCUGCUCCCUCAGCCAUGGCACAGAUAGAAUCCCUAUUACCUCGAUCAGCCUUGCCCAACGCCCAAACUCUAUUUCCUACUCAGCAUCGAUGAUACUUCCAGUGGAGUUAUCGUCAGGUCUCACGAAAACGGGUAAAACUUCUACCUCAGCCCAGACUAACUGGCCUAUGAUGGCCUGCUUAACAUCUUCUCUCGAGACCGACCAUUUGGCUAGUCAGGAUGAGACUGACAUGGUGGUUUCCGCCUUACCCAACAGCUGCCCACUCUGUAUGUGUGAGAUCGUAACUGGGGAUCCAAAACAACCGGUGGUUCGCUGUAGCACCACCCAAACAACUUCUUGCUUCGCCCAGUUCCACUCCGAAUGUCGUAAUCUUUGUGAGUAUAUGACUUAUCAUUUUAUUUUGCCUUCAUUUCAGCUAAAAAAUUUACCUCGCAAGGGCUCAGCGGGCCCUAAUGAUUAA